GGUUGGUGUCGGUUGGUGUUCCUCGGUGGAAGUGUCCUCUCCCUGGCCACUGCCUGUGGCGGGCGGGAUUUCUCCUGUCCAAGUCUGCAGUUGGGUCACCUGGGCGUCGUGGGUCAGUACCCCAGAAUUUGAUGGCUGCAAGCUAUAGAGUGAAUGAGGAAGUGGACGGCAGGCCCCCAUGUGCUCCCGGGGGCCCCCCUAAGACCCAGAGGCCAGACAACACGGCCUUCAAACAGCAACGGCUGCCUACUUGGCAGCCAAUUCUUACUGCGGGCACAGUGAUGCCCACCUUUUUCAUCAUUGGCCUCGUCUCCGGCCCCAUUGGCAUCGGCGUCUUAGUCACCUCCAAUAGGGUCCAAGAGAUCCAUAUUGAUUACACCGGAACAGAGCCUUCCAGUCCCUGCAACAAGUGUUUGUCAACGGUUGUAACACCUUGCAUUUGUACCAUUAAUUUCACCCUGGAAGAGGCAUUCAAGGGCAAUGUGUAUAUGUAUUAUGGACUGUCUAAUUUCUAUCAAAAUCAUCGUCAUUAUGUGAAAUCUCGAGAUGAUAAUCAACUAAGUGGGGACUUCAGAGCUUUGCUUAAUCCCAGUAGAGAAUGUGAGCCCUAUCGAAGAAAUGAAGACAAACCCAUUGCUCCUUGUGGAGCUAUCGCCAACAGCAUGUUUAAUGAUACAUUAGAGUUGUUUCUGAUCACCAAUAAAUCCAACCCUACGCCUGUAUCUAUUCCUUUGAAAAAGAAAGGCAUCACCUGGUGGACAGAUAAAAAUGUGAAAUUUAGAAAUCCUCCUGGAGGAGGAAGCCUGGAAGAACGAUUUAAAGGCACAACAAAGCCACUGAACUGGCGUACACCAGUAUAUAUGCUGGAUUCUGAGGAUGAUAAUAACGGAUUCAUCAAUGAGGAUUUUAUUGUUUGGAUGCGUAUUGCAGCAUUGCCUACUUUCCGUAAGUUAUACCGUCUUAUAGAACAGAACAACGAUUUACACCCAACCUUACCAGCUGGACGAUACUAUUUGAAUAUCACAUACAAUUACCCAGUACAUUCUUUUGAUGGACGAAAACGGAUGAUCUUGAGCACUAUUUCAUGGAUGGGAGGAAAAAACCCAUUUUUGGGGAUUGCUUACAUCACCGUUGGAUCCAUCUCUUUCCUUCUGGGAGUUGUAAUGUUAGUGAUUGAUCAUAAAUAUAAAAACAACAGUAACACUGACAUUGCUCUUCAAUUUUAUAUUCUGAAAACAAAACUAUGGCAUAUGUAUCAAGGCCAGCCCUAUUCAGCCUAGCUUUCAAAUGCUGAUGUCUGGUUAGUAUGUCAUUUUGAAGUUAGUACUAAAAAAAAAAAAAAAACUUGGUCCUUUGCUACUUCCUUAUGGAUGACAUAUUAAUAAUAGGAAUAUAAAAAUUAGCUAUAUGGAUUCAUAACACUGUAACUGCUUAACUGACACUUUAAUGUUUGCUUCUUACUGGGACAGACCACAUAAUGCAUAGAGACACUUUCAUGUGAAGUGUGUCUACGGCUUGAAUGUUCACGCUGUACUAAUAUUAUUCUGACAUGCAUGUGAUACUCUGUGUGUGUGUGUGUGCAUGCGUAUGUGUGUGUAUCUUGUGUGAAGAAAGGGAUUCCAAGAUGUGUCCAAGAAAUGACUUGCUAACCUUUCAGGACUCAGGAAAGAAGGAGAAAGACCAAAUUUAAAUAAAACAUUUCAUCAUCUUCAUGUGUCGUGUGUAAAGGCUUAAUGUACCAUCUUUGCUGAGGGAGCCCAUGUAUCCAGUUUACCUGUUAGAGUUCUUUGUCAGCUGAGCUUUAUUUCAAAGGUCAUGCAUCUCUUGUCUGGCAUAGCAAAUACUGUUUAUGUCCAAAGAGGUU